GUUUGUGAACAAGUGACAGAAUCAAAGCAGUGUGUGUUUGUGUGUUAUUCAUGAGAAGUUGUGUUUUUCCUCUGGACAUCACUGGAGGAAACUUCCGCUGAAACAAACUCCUGGAGGAACCGCUGACGUCAUCAUGGUAGCCACAAGCACUUUGAAGACCAAAAGCAGCGAGUGUAUCUCCGACCUGGUCGACAGGAGAUGGGACCGGAACUGCAUAGAGAAAGAACUGGAUUUCUGGGAUCCCUGCUUGGCUGAGCCCAACAGGAAUGCAGAUGUGGCUGAGGACCGAACCUGUCAACAGCUGGCCAAGAUGUUUGAGAACUGCCUGUCGCGAGCCAAGAAGACGACGCUGCACUGCUCCUCUGUGCUGGUCCCAGAGAAGCUCACUGGGAGGAUAGCUGUGGAGGUCCUGCGGCUGGCGUCGGGCGAGCCCUGCGGCCUGCGCGGCUGCGUCCUCUACGUCCACCUGGAGCAGGACAAGGGCUGCAAGCGGCUGGAGCGCAUCGUGUACGAUGCCACCGUGGUGCCCACGUUCGAGUUGACUCUUGUGUUCAAGCAGGACGGCACCGCCUGGCCCAGCCUCCGGGACUUCUUCUUCAUGGGAACCUGCUUUGCCCCGACGUUCAGACAUGCACUGAAGUUGAGUCCAGGUUUCCGUCUUGUCAAGAAAAAACUGUACUCCUCCUCGGCUGGUACCGUGGUGGAGGGGUGCUGAACUAUGGGAGGGAUCAGAGUGGGUGUAGAGUUUCCUGUGGGUAAACGCACUUCUGCCCAAAUGUAAAUGACACUGCUGAUGGUGUCAUGUUUUCUACAGUGUUUUUUGUACAGGUUGAGCUGCUCGUCUGUCAGUUUGCAGCUUGGGGGUUUGAAGUUUAAACGUUUGUGCACAAAUGAGCCGAAUGGUUCCGCUUCAGUGUUUCUAAAAGUGCAUUUUUAUCAGCAACAUUGUUAUAUCCUGAAUGUUGUUGUUUUUUUCUCCUAAUAAGAACGAUUGUUACUCAAACACAAUUUUAGACGGUACAUUUUGCAGAUGAAUGUAAAGCUUUGUUCACAUCAACCUGCUUGAGAGGGACAUGCUGUGGGUGCACUUUGGUAAAGACACGAGCCACUUUGUUGAUGCAUCUGAGUGUUUCCAGAUGCAUCGAAUGUGUUCAGCAACAGUUAACGCACCGAGGCUGGAAUGGGAGACUGAGUUUAGUCUUUGGGGGCCAUAUGUAGCUGUAGUUGUACGAUGCUGUAUUUUGGGCUACAGAUGUUUUUAAGAUGUCUUGUGAAGAUGCUGCUGUCUUGGUGUGGGCUUCUCGCACUAAGGGAAUGUUGAUGCCUUAAAUGUCAUGUUCUUUUUUGCACUCCGAUCACAGAUGUGUGUACGUUUAGUAUAAAUGUUUUAUUGCUAUAUUUUUUUUCUUUUUUUAUACCCCCCUCCCCCCGACGCACCUUUUCCAUUUAGAAACUUUAUAGAUUAUUUAAAGGAUGGUUCACCAAAAUGUAAAAGCAAAUUGUUUUUAUGUCCAUUAUCUGGGAUGUGCAAUGAAUUUUUUUCUUUUCUCUUUUUUUUCUUUGAAUUCCCAGUAUUGUUUCAAAUGUUUUUGGUGCCAUUUGUACUUCUUGUUGAUGGACAACUAGUCCUUGUCUAUUUGACAAUAAAAAAAUGUAAACCUCAAA